UCCCAUAAAGCUCCAACGCCAUUGGUGAGUCUGGAGGUUGCAGACGCCGCAAACUCGCGUUCGCCGCGCGAUUCAAACUUGUGCAGAUCAAGUUGGACUUUUCGGUCAGUGGCCCGGUAGGGAAUUGCUUUCGCGAGUUUCAGUGCUUGUCGCUGCUAUAAGACGGCGAGCCAUGGACCAUGUUCUUGCAUGUGCGUCCUCUCCGCUCACUUGCCACGAGGUGCUCCAAGACCCUCUCCUGAGCUCCUUGUCCUCCAUCAGAGCCGGCCUCACGAUGUACGUGAUCGAGGACAAGGGUGGCGCCAUCGCCCUGAUGCUGGCGUCGCUCCUGUUCCUGGGCACCUGGCCAGCCGUGCUCACACUGUUGGAGCGCCGGGGGAGGCUGCCGCAGCACACCUACCUGGACUACUCCUUCACCAACCUCCUCGCCGCCGUGCUCAUCGCGCUCACCUUCGGCCAGCUCGGGGACAGCAAGGACGGCAUGCCCAACUUCUUCACCCAGCUCAGCCAGGACAAUUGGCCUUCGGUGCUGUUCGCCAUGGCGGGAGGUGUGGUGCUCAGUGUUGGGAACCUGUCGACGCAGUAUGCUUGGGCGUACGUGGGUCUCUCGGUGACUGAGGUUAUCAGCUCCAGCAUGGUGGUGGUGAUAGGUACAACACUGAACUACUUCCUGGACAACCGCAUCAACAAGGCAGAGAUUCUGUUCGCAGGUGUGGCAUGCUUCCUUGUUGCCGUCAUCCUCGGCUCUGCUGUCCAUGCCUCCAAUGCCGCCGAUAACGAGGAGAAACUCAAUGCCUCCAACAAACUUGGGGCAAAUGGAAGUGUGGAACCAAGUAAAGGAGUCCCAGACAAAGUUCCAGACGCUCCCAAGGACCUGGAGAAUGGAGCCUCUGGAACCAAGCAUGUUACCAGAGCUGAGGCAGGGACAGCAGAAUACCUCAUUGAGCUUGAAGAGAGGCGAUCGAUUAAGGUCUUCGGAUCAAGCACCUUCAUCGGGCUCAGCAUCGUCUUCUUCUCGGGUGUGUGCUUCUCGCUCUUCUCCCCGGCGUUCAACCUGGCCACCAACGACCAGUGGCACACCCUUAAGGACGGCGUGCCGCACCUGGUGGUGUACACAGCCUUCUUCUACUUCUCCAUCUCGUGCUUCGUCAUCGGCAUCGGGCUGAACAUCCUGUUCCUCUACCGCCCCAUGGCCGGCGUGCCCAAGUCCUCCUUCAAGGCCUACCUCAACGACUGGAACGGCCGGCAGUGGGCUCUCCUCGCUGGCUUGCUCUGCGGGUUCGGCAACGGGUUUCAGUUCAUGGGUGGCCAGGCUGCCGGCUAUGCGGCUGCUGAUGCUGUUCAGGCGCUGCCGCUUGUGAGCACAUUCUGGGGCAUUCUGCUGUUCGGGGAGUACCGGAAGUCGUCGCGGAAGACCUACAUCCUGCUCGGUUUCAUGCUGUUCAUGUUCGUCGCUGCCGUGGCAACGCUCAUGGCUUCAUCAGGUCACAGGAGCACGAAGUGAUCCCCCGUUGUACUUCAAGUGUUGCUCAUCUUGUGUUUGCAAGCGCAAACCACUCUUGCGGUCAAGACGCAAAAGUGAUUCAAGCAGCAAAGCAAGGGACCCUGCUCCAGGAAGCAAAUGGGAGGGUAUUCCAUUCCAUUCAUGAAAUUUUCAGUUGAAUGGAGAUGUACAUAAGAAAUGUUUGUGUUUUGAUUGUUGAAGCAUAGAACUAUAUAGAAGUUAUUAUAUUCUUUCCAAAGAGAACCUGCAGAUAGGAUACCAAAUGAAAUUGUUCCAGAAAGUUUAUCAAUAUCAUGAUGUUAUUCAUCA